GCUGGCGGGGAGCGCUCCAGCCGGCCGGCCCCGUCCGUGGCGCCCGAGCCGGACGGCUGCCCCGUGUGCGUGUGGCGGCAGCACAGCCGCGAGCUGCGCCUGGAGAGCAUCAAGUCGCAAAUCCUGAGCAAACUGCGGCUCAAGGAGGCGCCCAACAUCAGCCGCGAGGUGGUGAAGCAACUGCUGCCCAAGGCGCCGCCGCUGCAGCAGAUCCUGGACCUGCACGACUUCCAGGGCGACGCGCUGCAGCCCGAGGACUUCCUGGAGGAGGACGAGUACCACGCCACCACAGAGACCGUCAUUAGCAUGGCCCAGGAGACGGACCCUGCAGUACAGACAGAUGGCAGCCCUCUCUGCUGUCAUUUCCACUUCAGCCCCAAGGUGAUGUUCACAAAGGUACUGAAGGCCCAGCUGUGGGUGUACCUACGGCCUGUGCCCCGCCCAGCCACGGUCUACCUGCAGAUCUUGCGACUGAAACCCCUAACUGGAGAAGGGACCACAGGGGGAGGGGGCGGAGGCCGGCGUCACAUCCGUAUCCGCUCACUCAAGAUUGAGCUGCACUCACGCUCUGGCCACUGGCAGAGCAUUGACUUCAAGCAAGUGCUACACAGCUGGUUCCGCCAGCCACAGAGCAACUGGGGCAUCGAGAUCAACGCCUUUGAUCCCAGUGGCACAGACCUGGCUGUCACCUCCCUAGGGCCAGGAGCUGAGGGGCUGCAUCCUUUCAUGGAGCUCCGAGUCCUAGAGAACACAAAACGGUCUCGGCGGAACCUGGGUCUGGACUGCGAUGAGCACUCAAGCGAGUCACGUUGCUGCCGAUACCCCCUCACAGUAGACUUUGAGGCUUUUGGCUGGGACUGGAUCAUCGCACCUAAGCGCUAUAAGGCCAACUACUGCUCCGGCCAGUGCGAGUACAUGUUCAUGCAAAAGUAUCCGCACACCCACUUGGUGCAACAGGCCAACCCAAGAGGCUCUGCUGGGCCUUGCUGUACGCCCACCAAGAUGUCCCCAAUCAACAUGCUCUACUUCAAUGACAAACAGCAGAUUAUCUACGGCAAGAUUCCUGGCAUGGUGGUGGACCGCUGUGGCUGCUCCUAAGGUGGGGGACAGAGGAUGCCUCCCCCACAGGCCCUAAUCCAAGACCCCCAGCCCUGACCCCCAUCCCCCCAAGCCCUAGAGCUCCCUCCACCUCUUCCCAUGAACAUCACACCUUGUUCCCUGACCAAGCAGUGUGCAAUACAACAGAGGGAGGCAGGUUGGGAUUGAGGAGUGAGGGGUUUGGGGGAAAGGGGCACGGUCAGGGUGGGGAGUGUUUGAGGUUUGUAGGUGAGAAGGUUUGGCAAGAAGACAGAGAGGUGUAGAGACAGAGGAAGAGACAGAGGGAUAGAGACAGAGGAACAAAAAGAGCAGCAGUUAGAAGGAAAAGGGUAGAGAAGCAGAAGAGACAGAUUAGGCAGAGACAAACACAGAGAAAGAGACUGGCUUGGAGUAAUAAAUGAAAGCCCCACACCAAGCCUCCUUUCUUCCACUGGCAAGGUGACAGGCUUGUGUAGUUUGGGGUGAUCCCCUGACUACUCAGUAGGAGAGAAAAAAGAAAAAUCCUUAGCUUCUUCCUUCUCUUCCUCCAACAAUGGCCAGGGGAAGGGAAGCAAGGGCAAGGCCAGAAGGAAGGAUUUGAGGAAUUUUAUUUAUUUAUUUAUUGUGACUUUUCUUUUGGUAUUUGGCUUUACUGGAAUAGGAGGGCCCCUGCCCACUGUGCCCUGUUUGUCCCUUAUUCUCCAAACCCUGCUCUCCCCCAAUACCCACCCACUUAAGCACUUGUAUAAAGUCUCCAGGGCUGGGAAUGAGAGUAAAGGGCAAGAGGGCUGACACAUGGAAGUUUCUAACCCAUAAUCAUCCUAACUCAACCUUCCUGAGCCAAAUGGGUUGAACUGAAGCCAGUGGUCAUGGAAACAGUGAGGUCAGGGCUUAAGAGCUGGGGGGGGAGAGGGUUGGGAGGGUGAAGCCCUCAACAUCCAGGAUCUAUAUAAUGAAAGCCACUAAAUUAAUCCUCAGGUCCACCCUCAUGGUAUUGAGUUAAAUAACCAGAGGGUGCAGCCUGCUUAUGCCCAAAUUCCCUCAGCCAAGAGAAAGACCAAAGAGCCUGUGGAAUGCCCCUGCUCCCAACCUCUAUCUUCAGGUCAAUUAAAAAAAAGAAUAUAGAGAUCCCAGAGUCCCCC